AGGAAGAAUGCCUUCAUUGCCACUCUCUUGGUGUUGGGAUAUCUAGUUUUGGCGGUUUAUCAUUGGUUACCUGAAGAUGUGACUAACAACAAACACAUGCCCCUUCAAGCAGAUGUGAGAAAGUCUGUCAUCCAACCAAAGCCAGCAAUCAGAAAUUCUACCUUGAAGUACUCCUGGCCAAAAUGUCAACAAAACACAUCUGCUGCCAGCAUUCCCGACUUCAGCUCACUUCCUCAUCAUGUACAAGAUUUCAUCUACCAUCGACACUGUCGACAUUUUCCCAUGAUACUGGAUGUUCCUGACAAAUGUGGAGGAGCUGAUGGAUCUGCAGAAGUCUUUCUUCUACUGGUCAUUAAAAGUCCUCCUGUGAACUACGACCGUCGAGAGGUGCUGCGUAAAACCUGGGCUAAAGAGAGAUUGCAGAAUGGUGUGUGGAUGCGAAGGCUCUUCAUCUCAGGAACCAGAGGUGAUGGUGCAGAGAAAAAGAGACUCAACAGAUUCCUCGAACUGGAGCAACAUGAGAACAAUGACAUCCUCCAGUGGGACUUUGUUGACUCACACUACAACCUCACCUUGAAGCAAAUCCUCUUCCUAGAAUGGAUGGACAGAAACUGUCCAAAUGUUCGCUUCCUGAUGAACGGUGAUGAUGAUGUUCUUGCCCACACAGACAACAUGAUUAAGUAUCUAAAAACCCUGAAGGACAAUGGUGGAAGCAAACACCUCUAUAUUGGACAACUGAGGAUAUAUCAGGCGCCCGUUCGUGAUAGAUACGAUAAGUAUUAUGUUCCAUUUCAGGUGUAUGAGCCAGAAUCAUAUCCUGAUUUCAUUAGUGGUGGAGGUUUCCUGUUGUCUGGCUACACAGCUCAUGUCAUAUACAACAUGUCCCACUCCAUCACCAUUCUUCCCAUGGAUGAUGUUUACAUUGCAAUGUGUGUGGACAAAGCAGGACUUCAUCCUGAACACCAUGUAGGAGUGAAGGCCUUUGGCCAUCAUGCUCCCUCCAAUGCUGAUCCAUUAGACCCUUGUUUUUUUAGCGAAAUUCUACUUGCUCACGGAUUUUCGCCACUUAAUUUGUAUCUUAUGUGGGAGAGUUUACAUGAUCCUGAUCUGAAAUGCUUUGAAAAUGUCAAAUAGUAACUUACAAGUGAAAAAAAAGUUUGUUGGUGUUCAUAUUUAAUCAACAAUUUUUAUCAAGUACACUUGUAAAAUCUAAUACAGCCGAUCCAACAAAAAAAAAAAUCUGUUGUUAGGUAGAUUUUGUUACGGGGGGGAGCCGGAAAACCCAAGCGCAGACUCACAGAAACUGGCAGACAAAUGAAUAACUGAAAGGGAUUUAUUAAACCAUAUAACUAAACCAAUACAUUAAUACAGAACUGAACUGGGGGGAAAGAACCAAACCAAAACUACUAAACUCUACAAGCGAACUCUAUGAAUACAAAAACGGAAGUCUACAAAACUGAACUGAACUAACAAAACUAAGCUAAAGCGGAGUACUAACAAUAUGGGGAAACUUCCCAAGGACAACUGUUGACUUUUGGACCGGGCCAACCGAGGACGUCUCCAUAGCAACCUUGCUGUGUUAUCGCGCUCCCACCCUCGCGAACUGAGACACCGGAGGUCUGAGACGGAAGAAGAUGGGCUACACGCAUACACACACAUCAGACUCAUGAACUGAGGACUGAGCUAAACAUUCGCAGACAUGUUCAUUACCCCCCUGCCUCCACAAGCUUCCCUUGCUAUGGCCAGGAGUCAGGCAUCCGUGUGCAGUAAUUGCUGCACAGGAACCGGCUAACUGUGCGGUGCUCCCCCCUCCACCACCCCACAUCCUUAUCCCAACUAUCCUUGUCUUAUGUCAUGCUUUGCCUGUUUGUGGGUUUGUUUGUUUUUUUUAGGUUCCUUCUCAAAUUGAAUUUCCCAACAUUGGAGGUUUCAUUUGGUACAACGAGCCUUUUUUUUCAUUUACCCUCUGCUAUCCCUACCCAGAUCCCUACAUGUCUUUUCUUUUUUUUUCCUCAAGAAAGGUGCCAUGCAGCACUGCGCAGCAGCCUGAGCUGUCAUUGGCAGGGCAGCUCAAUGAAAUUUCAUUGUAUAUGAAAGUGUGCAAUGACAAAUAAAGCUAUCUAUCUGAUAACCAAGGGGAAAACAGGCUGGGGAAAAUCCAUGAACAGACAAACAGGAACACAACAGAGUCCAAGAGGGGGGAAACCCAGGAGGGGGAAAGCAGCAGAGUCCAUGGGGCUGAAGCAGUCUGGAGAUGGCAGGCUUGGUGGGGAACAGUAUUUACAAUCCUACGGGGACUGAGAGAAUGAGCAGGGUUUAAAUAGUGAACAGGUGAUAUUGUGGGCAGGUGAGCUGAUUACUGCAAUGUGAGUCACCUGUAGUAAUCAGCUGAGUGUAGACAGGGAGAGCAAGACACAGGGACGAGAGAGACAAGAGGGAAAGAGAUGACAGACAGAGGGAGCCAAAGGGACAGGUCAAAAUAGAUGCAGAAAAACAAGGAGGAAGAAAGAAAGAGGGAGAAAGAGGGAGAAGGAACAGGGGCAGGAGCAGAAUCACAACAGAUUUUCUACAGUAUCCUUUUCUUUUCAAGUUUAUUUCUAACAAUUCAUUCAGUUUCAUUAUCCUGAGGCACUGGUAAUAUAUCUGAUCACAGCUCAUAACAUAUCUAUUUGGUGCAUAUGUGGUUCUUUUGGUUUCUUGGACCAGUACAAGUGAAGAACAGAUGGCUGGAAGAAAUUUUGUGCUUUAGAGGGACUUACAUAUACAUGACACUGUCUGCAUAUAUAUUGUAGAUUCUUGUAGCAAGCUUCUGUUGAAUUUGAUGAAUUUAUCAUAUGACUACCAUAACAUUGGUCUCACUAUUGUCAUAGUCAGGUUUUGACUGCAUUAUGUAUUACUUAUAUUGUUUGGCGGAGGACUUCCUGUUAUCUUCACAACAAUCUGACACUGUAAUGUUUGAAGGACAAAUGCAACAAUAACUUGAACAUGAUUAUCUGUUCACUAUUGCAUGUACAUGUGUUACUCAGGUGGGGCCCAUAUAACAUACCAAUGACUUUA